CGUGCAUAGUGAUUGUAUGACUUGUACAAACAGGAGAGAACCACAACCCCAAAGCUCCUUGUGACUGUAUAACUAUGCGAUUAUCGAACCAGAGAUCAAUCGCAGAUCGACAGAGAUGGUCAAAAUCGCGGAUUCGAGCAGAUUUCAAGGCCUAUGCGUACGGUCGUCGGAGGAAUUUUGGCGCGAAAAUAUCCAUGGCGGUUUCGCCACUCUCGUCGCCGUGCUCUUCGUCUUUGCUUGCUACUGUGCCAAGAGGUUCUUCUUAGGAAAACCCUCUGGCUCCAGUGCUUCUGCGGUCGGUCUAUCGGAUUCUGAUCUCCCAACUUCUGGGUCUCGGAUUCCGUCGCACAGCACCUUGGAACUGGUGACAGAUGCAGAUUUGAAGUUUCUGAUUGAUAACUUGGGGGAGAAAACGGGCGAAAAUGAGAAAUGGGAAAAGGUCAUAGACAAAAGAAAUGAUAUUCUAUCCUACUAUGCGAAGUGCUGCAAGCCUAAGGAUAGUCCUUUGACAUACUUGAGUGUGACGAUAUUUGAGAAUUGCUCUCCUGAGAAGCUGAGAGACUUCUACAUGGACAAUGAUUACAGGAAGCAAUGGGAUAAGAUGCUGAUUCAGCAUGAGCAGUUACAGAUGGACAAAAACAAGGGGGUUGAAGUUGGUCGGACAAUAAAAAAGUUUCCACUGUUGACAGCCAGAGAAUAUGUAUUAGCUUGGAGAUUGUGGGAGGGGAAAGAUAACACCUUUUAUUGUUUUAUCAAGGAAUGUGAACAUCCUUUGGCACCACGCCAGAAGAAGUAUGUGCGUGUUAGUACUUUCAGAUCUGGUUGGCGAAUCCGAAAAGUGCCUGAUACUAAUGCCUGUGAGAUCAAGAUGUUUCAUCAAGAAGAUGCCGGUUUAAAUGUGGAGAUGGCAAAAUUGGCUUUUUCUAGGGGCAUAUGGAGCUAUGUGUGCAAGAUGGGCAAUGCACUUAACAGAUAUACUACAAUCAGCUCUCAUCAAUCAAGGGCUGCUGCUUCUGCUGUCACGUUGAUUAAAAAGGUCCACCCUGUACUAGAAGCCACGGAUGACAUGACCUCUCAAGCAACCUCAGUAGGAACUUCUGUUUGCAGACCAAUUGCGGGCGAGGGAAGGAAAUUGUCAAGAAGACCUUCAAAGAAAUUGUUAGCCAAUGGCCUGCUGCUUCUUGGGGGAGUGGUCUGCCUGUCUCGUGGUCACUCUAGCCUGGGUGCAAAGGUUGCCAUUGCUUACAUCUUAGCGAAGUGGAGUAAGCGUGGGGCUUCAUCAAGUCAAAGCAGUGAAAUUUCAGGUGCAUGAUCUUGUUGCCAUCACAACUAAUUUUGGAGGGCUGAGUAAUGUUUUCUUAUCUGGAUUAUUUCUGGGCCAUCUACCAUGGAGACCAACUACUAUGCUCUACUUCUGCAAAAAAAUGAGAAACGGAAGAAGAGUGGGGGGUAGUAACUUAAUUGUACAUCAUGCCUUCCAAAUUGUAUAAAUAUCUGCCAUCCUUUUACCACGCUAGCAAUACAAUGAUCAAUAGGAAAGGCUUAUUGGUUCUGAAUCUCCGACGCACCUUGUAUGUCCUAGUCCCAGCAACUAGUCAUUGUAUGACCUCUUGCGGGAUAAAGAGUUUAUAACGUUGUCCGGCUGCAGUCGGGUAGAAGAUUUCACCGCUCUUGCAUGAAAACUCAGACCUAUCUGCAAUAAACUCAAAGCUGCUUUUGAAGUUCUUGGAACUGUUGUAAAGGGUAAGGUAUUUGUACUUAGAUGGUUGUAUGUGUAUGUGAGUAUUAUACUUGCAUCCUUCAUUUUCCCCAUUAGUUAUGAACCUGAGGAUGUGUUGAUAUCCUAGUAAAGUCAAAUUUCUGCAGACAA